GUCAUUAAAAUACGACGAACUCGCAACUCUUGAGACCAGCCAGUGUUUGAGCAUCGAUCGAGCCUGUUAUUCGCAAUCGGACCGUCAGACAGUUAACGAGGGAUCAUCCGUGUGUGUGAUAUAAAAGUGCGUUUAUACAAUUAAACGAAAAUGGGUGUUCCUGCUGGUGACGUAGAAAAAGGAAAGAAGCUUUUCGUGCAAAGAUGCUCACAAUGCCAUACCAUUGAGGCGGGUGGCAAACAUAAAGUAGGUCCGAAUUUACACGGUCUUAUGGGUAGGAAAACUGGUCAAGCAGCGGGUUAUCCGUACACGGACGCUAACAAAUCAAAGGGUAUUACUUGGACCAAAGACACCUUGUUCGAAUACCUAGAAAACCCAAAGAAGUACAUUCCCGGCACAAAGAUGGUGUUCGCCGGGUUGAAGAAACCGCAAGAACGUGGCGAUUUGAUCGCUUAUCUAGAACAAGCAACAAAGUAGGUGCGCCCUUAAUGCGCAUCACGUGCGCACCAUCGUGCGGUUAGAGGUGUCAGGACACAAUCGCGCGCGCGCGCGCGUGCGAGAUGCCCGCGCACGGCGGUUGUCACGACACAUUAGUUCGAUUAUCAUCCUUUACACCACAUUUCCCUCCCCCUUGCCCCACACUCUCUUUUCUCCUUCUCCUUCGCCUCAUCCUUGCGUUCCAUUCAACUAUCAUUUCAGUCGUGUUCACGCCACUGAUGGUAUUCUCUCUGUUAUCGAUGGUACUCAGAGUGUUCGCGCACGUUCAAAUAGCGAUGAAUUGUUAUUAUAUUUAUAAUAAAUAUGUCGCCGUGUUGAUAGUAUAACAUGUACAUUGUGACACAGGGGUCGAACUUGGCUCGGCCCUGCAUCUCCUUUUCAUCAUCACCGAAGAUUAUUCUUAGGUCGUUGCGUUGUCGUCCAUCGUGCGGGUGAUGGGCCACUCCGAGCGAACUUGCAUGAUCCGAUUAUUUAUUAUCAUUGUGCCCAAUUGUAUCGUGCAACGUGUGUGUCGAUCUGUAAAACAACGGCAAUAUAUAAACUAGACAAUUC